AUGUCAAUGCAACCGACAGCCCGGAAUCCCGGCGUUAAGGUCAUCUUCGGCGCCAUGACGAUUGGGAAGCCAGGUGUAGAGAUGACCCGCAUUCACACAUUCGACGAAACGAAUUCUGUCCUCGAUAUGUUCCAGAAGUACGGACAUGACACAGUUGAUACUGCUCGAGUUUACGGAGGAGGCUCAUCAGAGCAGUACCUCGGAGCCAUGGACUGCCCGAGCCGUGGGAUCAAACUCGAUACCAAACUCUACCCAACCACUGUUCGACCAUCAUUGUCACCGGAUGAGCUUUACCACCACUCCCCAAAUGAUCUCCGUGAAGGCCUGCGUCGGAGUCUUAAUGCUCUGGGGGUCAAUAAGGUCACAACUUGGUAUCUUCAUGGACCGGAUAGAACGGUACCUUUUGCGGACACCCUUCGUGCAGUCAAUGAGCUCCAUGAAGAGGGUGCCUUUGAGAGGUACGGUAUCAGCAAUUAUCAGGCAUGGGAAGUGGCGCAGAUCUGCGAGCUCUGUGAGAAGAACGGAUGGGUCAAACCCUCCAUCUACCAAGGUCUCUACAAUGCUUUCCACCGCGCUGUCGAAGCUGAGCUGUUCCCAUGCUUGCGCUACUAUGGGUUAUCCUUCUAUUGCUUCAAUCCCCUGGCUGGUGGCCUUUUGACUAGCCGUUAUACCCGCGACAUGACCGAGUUUGAGGAGGGCUCACGGUUUGACCCGAAGCGAUCCCAGGGUAAACUAUCUCGUAGUCGCUACUUCAACGAUUACUUCUUUGAUGCAUUGGACAAUCUGCGACCGGUUGCGAGGAAGCAUGGACUCAGUGAGUCUGAGUGUGCACUUCGUUGGUUGUCUCAUCACUCUCAGCUGCAGGCAGAGAAGGGCGAUGGGAUCAUUAUUGGCGCCAGCAGCUUGAAGCACUUGGAAGAGAACUUGAUUGCACUUGCCAAGGGACCUUUGCCUGAAGUUGUGGUUGGAUCCAUGAAUCAGGGCUGGGAAAUAGUUCGAGGUCAAGAGCUCAAAUUCUGGCAUUGA